AUGGAUGGGCUACUAUCAUCUUUAAUUAAAUAUUGUGUAAAUGAAGAGUUAAAAAACAGUAGUAAUAUUAGUGAUAGAUUAUUAUAUAAAAUUUGGAAUAAUAUAUUUUUAAGAAAUGAAAUUCAUAAACAUAUUUUAAAAUUUAUUGAGAAUAGUAUUGUAGAUCUAGAUAAAUCCCGUUAUGACCAGUUUAAAGAUAAAUCAUAUAUAACAACACUUAAUUGGUAUGGUGACCCACUACCAGAUAAAAAUGAAUUUCCACCAUUUUUGACAAAUUUAUAUUUGUACCAUUUUUCUAAAAUGGUACAAACAACUUUACCAAAUACAAUUACUACACUCACACUCGGUAAUUAUUUUAACCAAAUAGUUCCACCUGGCUCAUUACCAAAUAGUCUCACAACACUCACAUUCGGUGAUUGGUUUAACCAAGUAAUUACACCCGGCUCAUUACCAAAUAGUCUCACAACACUCGAAUUUGGUGAUUAUUAUAACCAAGUAAUUUCACCCGGUACAUUACCAAAUAGUCUCACAACACUCACAUUCGGUCAUGAUUAUAACCAAGUAGUUCCACCUGGCUCAUUACCAAAUAGUCUGACAACACUCAAAUUCGGUAAUGAUUUUAACCAAGUAGUUCUACCCGGCCCAUUACCAAAUAGUCUCACAACACUCACAUUCGGUUUUUGUUUUAACCAAGUAGUUCUACCUGGCUCAUUACCAAAUAGUCUCACAACACUCACAUUCGGUCCACUUUUUAACCAAGUUAUUUCACCUGGCACAUUACCAAAUAGUCUCACAAAACUCACAUUCGGUCAACUUUUUAACCAAGUUAUUUCACCCGGCUCAUUACCAAAUAGUCUCACAACACUCACAUUCGGUUAUUGCUUUAACCAAGUAGUUCUACCAGGCUCAUUACCAAAUAGUCUCACAACACUCACACUCAGUUCUUGUUUUGACCAAGUAGUUCCACCUGGCACAUUACCAAAUAGUCUCACAACACUCACAUUCGGUGGUGAUUAUAACCAAAUAAUUACACCCGGCACAUUACCAAAUAGUCUCACAACACUCACAUUCGGUCAACUUUUUAACCAAGUAAUUUCACUUGGCUCAUUACCAAAUAGUCUCACAACACUCACAUUUGGUUAUUGUUUUAACCAAGUAGUUCUACCUGGCACAUUACCAAAUAGUCUCACAACACUCACAUUCGGUAAUUAUUUUAACCAAGUAGUUAUACCUGGCACAUUACCAAAUAGUCUCACAAAACUCACAUUCGGUGGUGAGUAUAACCAAGUAAUUCUACCCGGCACAUUACCUAAUAGUCUCACAAAACUCACACUUGGUGACGAUUUAACCAAGUAA